CCUCACUACCACAUACCUGCAUACCUGCCUACACACACCAUGUCCCUCCCAUCCGCCAACACCCGCGUCGUGCUCGCCAACCGUCCCGAGCGCGGCCCCGUCACGCCCAAGACGUUCAGGAAGGAGAGCGUGCCGCUCAAGACGCCGGGCGAUGGCGAGGUUGUCGUCAAGACCGAGCUGCUGUCGAUUGACCCAGCCAUGCGCAUGUGGCUCGUCGACACGCGCUCGUACCUCCCUCCCGUGCAGAUCGGCGAGACGAUGCGCGCCAACGGCCUCGGCCGCGUCGUCGCCACCCGUUCCGACAGGUUCAAGGUCGGCGACCUCGUCCACGGCACGCUCGGCUGGCAGGAGUACUGGGUCGGCCCGGCGCGCGUGCUCGAGGCGCGCGACACACCGCCUGGCGGCAAGGAGAUUGACCACUUGGGUUUCUUGGGCGUCAGCGGCAUGACGGCGUACUUUGGCAUCUUCGACGUCGGCCGCCUCAAGGACGGCGAAACCGUCGUCAUCUCGGGCGCGGCCGGGUCCGUCGGCCUGAUCGUGACGCAGAUCGCCGUCGCCCACCCGCACUGCAAGGUCGUCGCGAUCGCCGGCAGCCAGGACAAGUGCGACAAGCUGCGCGAGCUCGGCGCGCACGUCGUGCUCAACUACAACCAGCAGGGCUUUGCCGGCCGUCUGAGGGCCGUGGGCAACGUGGACGUGUACUUUGACAAUGUCGGCGGCGAGCUCCUCGACGUCAUCCUCGCCCAGAUCAACCCGUACGCCCGCAUCGUCAUGUGCGGCGCCAUCUCGCAGUACAACACCAACAAGCCGUACGGGGUGCGCCUCACGCCCCAGCUCAUCACGAUGAAGGCCACCAUGCAGGGCUUUAUCGCGUUCGACUACGAGAAGCGCUACCCCGAGGCCCGCGCCUACCUCUCCGACCUCGCGGCCAAGGGCAAGCUCAAGUACGACUACCACGUCGUUGGCGGCGGUCUCGACGGCUGCGUGCCCGCCAUGCAGGAGAUGUUUGACGGCAAGAACUAUGGCAAGACCGUCGUCGCGUUCGACGAGAAGGACGCCAAGCCCAAGCUCUAAGCCUUGUUGUUGCGUAUGGAAGAAGUACCAAAACCUGCGACUAUUCUACAGUGAUGCAUGCGUGAAACAAAUGA